UUGGAUGAUCCUCUGGGGCACAGGGGGUGAAUCCUGAGGAUGGUCCCGUGCAGGCUGAGGGUUGGGCUCGAUGACCCUUGUGCGUCCCUUCCAACUCGGCCCGUUCUGUGAUUCUGUGGCACCCCCGGGCGGGCAGUGCACACACGGGUGUCCCACAGCUCCCUGUGGGGCUCAGGGGAGCGGGGGCAGUCCCGAAGGGACAAACGCGCUGCCAAGCUGGGCGCUGGGCGCCCCCGGGCUGGGCUGUGCCCGGAGCCCUCCGGUCCCUCACGGCCGGAACGGGCCUGCGGAGCGCUGAGGGCUCGCACAGCGAACCGGCCCGGGGCGGCGGGGAGAGCCGGGGGAGGCCCCGGGCGGAGCUGGGCCCGGAGCCCACACGCUGCCCGUGACCGGAGGUGGGCGGUGCGGUGGGGCCGCUUCCUCCCCGGCGCGGAGCGGCAUGGAGCGGACAUUCUUCCUUCCCUACCCCAUGUCCAAGGCUGCCCAAGAUGUGUUCUGGGAGGAGCUGAAGUGGCGCAUUUCACAGCUGGAGGCAGAUCUCCACCUCACCCCACCCCCAAAACCAGUAGAGGAGACCCAGCACAUUCUCAAGGUUCUGCGCUCCCCUGAGACUCCUCUUGCAAAGAAGCAACAAGUGAUGAGUGAUGUGUUUGGGGAUUAUUGUCUCAGCACGGCUGAGGGUCAGGAGAGCAUGGAGAAAGCAGGCAUGAAACCUGGUGCUCUGGAAGUACAGCCAAGCAGUGGGCAGGCUGCAGAUGGUAUGAAACAGUCUCACCCAAGCCCUGAGGCAAAGCCAGAGCUGUUCACAUCAUCUGGCAGCAGCUUCCGAUUUGAUUUUACACUUUCCGAGAGCGACCCAGGAGCAGACCCUGGUGACAGCAGAGCUGUCAGAGCCACCAAGCAGGAGAGCUGGAAUGGAGCCUUGAGGUUUGCUGCCUCUGGACAAGAACCCAAGUUUGCUUUCAACUUUGCCAUCCCAGAUGAAGACUGUCCUCAGCUCCAGCUACUUCCCUCAAGCCAACAUACACAUUCUUCACUGCCUGCUGAAGCAGCAGCCCUGCCACGGGCUGCAGCCGUGCGGGAGCCUGAGGUGACUCAAGCUGCAGGGAGUGCACCCAAAGAGGACAGAAGCCAUGUCACAUCAAAGAUCCCCCAAGCAGAGACUGCUCCUGCAGAUGAAGCAGCAACAGCGAAAUCAACAGGAGAUGAAGCUGCCCAGAAGAAGAAAAAGAAGAAGAAACAAAAACCACCAGUCAGUAAAACGGAGAGAGAAGAAACUGAGACCAGAAGGAAAGCAAAGACAGAAGCUAAGAGCUGUCAAAAUACAAAUACUUCCCAUCAGGAUGAGAAGACCUCUCAGUCAGAUGAGCAGCUGCAGAAGGAGCUGGACUGGUGUGUGCAACAACUGGAACUUGGCUUGAAGACACAGAAACCCACUCCUAAGCAGGCUGAAGAGGCGCUCCGGGCCAUCAGGACACUGCGCAGUGACAAGGCUCCACUGGUAAAGAAGCGGCAGCUCAUGAGAGCCAUGUUUGGAGACUACAGGAAGAAGAUGCAGGAGGAGCUGUGCAGGGAGCUGAAGCUCAUGGAAACAGCUGCAAAGGCUGCCAGGAUUGUGGAGGUGAAGGGAAGCAUCCGCAAGAUGAAUGGCAAAUUCAUCCGGAAGUGCUCGGGAGCUUGCAGGAAAAGCCAGGGUUCAACAGAAUUCCCUUCAGAGUCACCCAGGACGCUUUACACAGGCUUAUUCAAUGACACAGCUUCCAAAGAAGAAUUUCGCUUUAAUUUCUUCUAGGAAAGUGUCUUAGACUAAAACUGUGGUAAAAAAUCCCUGUACCAGAUCCCCUGUAAACUGCAGAACGGUGGAGAGAUGCUGUGCAGUAGGAAAUGUCAUCAGUACGUCUCUUGAUCCUGUUCCAGAGUGCCUUAUCUAGAAAUCUAAACCAAAUCUGCCUAGUACCGUAUGACCCCAAGAUUCAGCCAGCGUAGUGCUCCUCUGUGCUCACACUGUAGAGAGGCACCUUUGAAAGGGUCAGCAGUGAAAGGAUCUGGUUUUCUUCCUGUAGAAUUUGCAUUAACUGUAAAAUCUCUCUUUUAUACCAUGAGAUUUUCCCAUUCUCCCGUGGUUUUUAAAUAGAGCAGAGCUUUCCUAGCAGCUGAGGCAGCCAUGCACACAGAGGGAAAUGGUUUGGAAAGAGGAUGCAGC